GCCGAUACUCUGUCCGUUUAUGAGAGACCUUGGGAUGCGGUACUCUGGGUGACCGGAGACAACUGUUCUGUAAAUCAGUACAUUGGACGACGUGAAGGAGCCAUCCCCUUCAUUGGUUGUGCUAGUCACAGGUUCAACUUGGUAAUGAAGGAUAUGUUGGCCCCUGAGGAGACUGUGCUGAGCCAGGUUCAUUCGCUCAUGAAAGCGCUGUCCAAGUUGAAGUACCGCGCAAAAAAAAACGCAUCUCGGCCCUGUCACGCGGAACGAUACGCGCUGGUCAAGUUCCUAUGAAAUGGUCAAUCGUUACUGCCGGUUAGAGCCAGUCCUACGAUCUCUCGACCACGGAACUAUUGCCGAGUACGCGCUCGACGAGCUUAUGUUGACGCGCGGUGAAAACGAGAGAGUUUUCGCCCUCCGCGACACUAUGGAGAAGAUGGAAGGCGUGACACAAGCUCUACAACACAGUACUCUCACGCUGUCAGGUACCAGGCGAUUGUUUGAUCGUGUUGUUGCGGAGUUUCCCCAGCUUCGUAGUCGCCUGGCACCGACAGCCGCCAUCGUCAACAACACACCACUAGAAUCGGUUCUCGUUAAGCUUCAACACCAAGAGCAGCUAACUGCUGCUGAGCGUUCAGCAUGUACCCUGUUCCGCCUCUCCGACUCCAGUGACAUCGGCGUUAAUCGCAAACGAUGGGAUGUGCACUCUGUUGAAGAUGUUCGCAGAGAAAUGGAGAGCUAGAGAACUAAAAUAGAUGGACGGGAUAAAUGUAAUAACGA